GUAAGCCCUUGGAAAAUAUCCUGCGGUCGUCAAAUCCAUUGCUCCAGAACGCGGGUGUCUCCGGUUGUGUGAGCGACACCGGCACACACGCGUUGAGUUCACAGCUCCAUGAGUUGACUGAGCGUCACUUUUCCAAACCAAGAGACAGUGCAAGCUAGGCAUCUUCAAUUUUUUUGGGGUAGCAUCGCGGAUUGACACGUUCUUCUCAACGGUGUUUCUUUCCGGCUAGCCAGACGCGUGCGUUGUUUCCUGAAACAAGGGGUAAACAAACAUGUGAGCUCGUCCGUCUCCAAAUCGGCUGCCCUCUGGCACAGACAGAGCAGAACUGACGUCAUUUCUUGCAAGCGUAUUCCCAGAACGACUUCCAUGAUGAAGCAAUCCUUUUCCCGGCUGGCUGUUCGCUCUGUCUGCACGUUCCUAUUGUGUUGGACGGUUUUACCAGUGUGGACUGCGUUUCUCACAAGCCCGUCUCCCGGUCCGCAGCAACACCUACUGCUUGCGGAUGCUCUAGCCACCCCGCACUUGUCAAUUUCUGCGUUCUCCAUUGAGCCCACACAAUCCCUUCUGUUGCCGCGAAGCUCUCUCGCACAUUUUCCACCGUGUGAAGUUCCCCGCGCAUCGAACCCGAGACUUCUCUGCGCCAUCCAUUUAAACGUAGAGCAGUCAGAAGUCCACCCCCGCGGAUCAAGGGUCUUCUUUCGGGAUCGUAGGAAAGAGUUUUUAACUCACGGAGGAACACUGAACCAGAGUCUCCGAGCCCUUGUUCACGGACAAGACAAGAGAAAUUCGCAUUGUUCACUCUCCCCUGGAGCGUCCACGGCUGUGCCAUCUUCAACAGGACUAGGACGACGAGGAUCCCUAGCUUUCUUGUGGCGACAGAACACAGGCAAACAAGAGAAACUUCCUGACCUUCUUGCUUUUGUUGGGGAGGAAUGCGAAUACUGUAGAAGAAUGGAGCCUGUCGAGAAGGCGGUGGAGGAUCUCUUACCUGGCACAAAAAUCCACAGACUCGAAGUGUGGCACAACGCGCUGAACUUUCAGCUUUUGCAGGAACUGGAUCGAGAUGGCAAGUGCGGUGGGCUUCCCUUCUACUUCAACAUACGGACUCUGCAGUGGAUUUGUGGAGCGACGACGAAGACGAAUCUCUUGGCAUGGGCAUCGCACCAACCGUGCAAAUCCCAUGAGCCGCCGGCUCUUCAAGCGGAAGACUUGGAGGUUCUCAAUCGCCGCACAGGAAUGUUUGCCCGUCUGAUGAGACGUGUUGACAAAAUGCGACAUGAAGGCGAGAAGGCAAUGCAGCAGACUCUCCAGGAGCAGCGCCGGGGUCGAGAACGUGAACAGGCCGAACAGCGAAGGCUUCAAGGAGAGGCAGAUCGCUCGAAACGAAAGGACUGACACAUUUGACAGACAACGUGUCUGUUGUGCGAGUGCUUGAACGUUUUAACUGUUGGUGACUCUGUGCGUUCGCAACGUAUUUUUGCUGAACUGCUUCGCGCGUUGACAGGUACUGGGUUGCAAGUUACCCUUCUGUUUUAACGGGUUUUUCGUCAUCACAGCCAAGCAAAACGCCGAAAGAAAACACCGCACAGUCG